AUGGUUUUCAGGCGGUAUGUACUUUUAAAUAUAUACAGUGUUGCAUUCAUAAAGUAUUGGCGUAUUUUUAAUUGUGUAUGCUAUAAAAUCAACUCGACGAUUUUCACACAACUCUUCCCUCUCUGUUUUCCCAUCUCUUUCCUUUCCUCUCUCCUUCUCUCUCGCCUUCUCUUUCUUCUAUUUCUCUUUCUCUUUCUCUCUCUCUCUCGCUUUCCCCCUCUCUCUCUUUCCCUUUCUCACUUUCCCGCUCUCUGUUUUGUCCCUUUCUACCCAUUUCGCUUUCCCCUCUCUCCUCCUCCUUCCCUCUCUCUCUUCUUCCUAUCUCUUUACAACUCUCACUCUUUACCCUUUCUCUUUAUCCUCCUCUUUCUUUUCUUCCCUCAUUUCCCCCACCUAUCGGUGGUUUUCCCUGUUUUUUUUUCUCUCUCUCUCUCUUCCCCCCUCUCUCUUGCCUCUCUCUAUUUCCCCCCUUUCUCUCUUUCCCUUUCCUCUUUUGCCCUCUUUUCCCUCUCUCUCUUUUCCUCUCUCUUCACACUCUCUAUCUUCACCCCCUCUCUCUCUUCCCUUUCUCUUUUUUCCUCCAACUCUUAUCCCUCUCUCUCUCUCUCUUCCCCCUCUCUUUUCCUCUCUCUCUUUACACCUCGCUAUUUACCCUCUCUAUCUCUCUUUACCCCUCUCUCUCUCUUUUCAUCCCUCUCUUUACUCCUUCUCUCCCUCUCGGUUGCUUCUCUCUCUUCUACCUUUCUCUCUUCUCCCUCUCUCUUUCCCUCUUUCUUUCCCUCUUUCUUUUACGCUCUAAUACUUCCAAGUGCACACGCAUACAAAUUAUGGUCAUAA